UUUGAUGUGAGCCAUGAUGACACACAUCUCCAUACCUGUCACUCAUUCAUCCCCUGGCUCCUCCCAUCUUCUACCGGUGCUCACCUGUUUGUUCUGAAUGAUUGACACACAAACGGCUGAUGACCUUUGACCUGGUUCAGGCCCGUUCCUCAGCUGUUUCUAAAACCAAGGCGUCGUGUUCAUAGUUUCGUUGUGUUGGUGUUUCUCUUAAAGUUGACGGCGUAAACCAUCAGGUGCUGUCAUGUUGCCUUCAGGUAUCAUCUGUCCUGUCUGAUUAUCCGUCAGACGGUCUUGCCCUCGGCAGGGGGAGGGCCUUCAGGUCUUUAACUUUGUUUAGUUCCAACCAACUCCUCAGAUGCUGUUUAGACGGCGUCCGUGCAGGUUCCUCAGCUCCUGAAGGUGUAAACCACGCUGUCUCCAUGGAUACCAGUGGUCUGUCCUUGUCCUCGCUGUGGUCCAGGAGGUACAGACCCCAGGGUAAGAUCAGGAGGCGGGUCCAGAGCUUGCGCGUGGCCUCGCUGUUGCCCUACGACCCCACGGUGGACGGAUCCACAUUGGACCUGAGCCACAAUGAGAGUGUGCGGGUGGCGGCGGAUGCUCUGCUCAGCGGUGGUCUGGACGGGUUCCAUAAGGCGCUGGACGCCGAGGGGGAGCUGGACUUCCUGUCCCAGCUGGAGAAGACGUACCUGCUGGAGAAUGCCAAGGAUACCAGCGCAGAUGAUUCUGGUUCUGAUGACGGUCAUGAACUGUUUGGAUCCUGGACCAGUGGGAGGCCGGUGGUGUCAUCAGACUCUGGUUUGACAGUGGACGGUUUGGACCUGAACACCUCCACAGGUGUGGUGUGUAGUGGGCUGAAUGUCAACGCCCCCAGUGUCCAGGUCGUCUUCUACUGUGAGGGCGGGGCAGCGACCUUGAAAGACCAGGUCCGAGAAUUCAUCCGGAAAACUAAAAAGUCUCUGUCCAUGGUGGUGGACGUCUUCAGUGAUGUGGAGCUGCUGUGUGACCUCCUGGAGGCAUCCAAUAAGAGGAACGUGACAGUUCAUCUGAUUCUGGAUCAGCUCAACCUCCACCUGUUCAUCGACAUGUGUGAGAACCUCCACCUCAACGGAAACACCUUCACAAAACUGUGUGUCCACAGCGCUGAGGGACAGACGUACUGUGCGAAAACAGGCAGGACAGUGUCGGGUCAGAUUUCAGAGACUUUUCUCAUCGGUGAUGGGACGGAGGUUCUGACCGGGUCCUUCAGCUUCUCCUGGCUCAGCUGGCAGGUCCAUCGGACUCUGGCGGUUCUGGUCAAAGGCAGCCUCACUUCCUCCUUCCAUCAGGAGUUCCUCAGACUCAUCUCCAGCUCCAAACCUGUUCCUGGAUUUGUCUCAGCGCCAUAUGGCCCCAUCCCCUUUAGACCGCCACAUGUCCACAAGACGAGGAAAAACCGGAUGAACGCAGUGUGGACAGAAGGCCCACCUAUAGAUGACACCCAGAUGAACCCAAAGGGUCCACCAGAUCCACUGGGUCUACAGGGUCCACCAAGUCCACUGGGUUUGCAGGGUUCACCAGGUCUACAGGGUCCACUGGGUCUACAGGCUCCACCAGGUCCAUCAGGUCUAUUCGGUCAACCUGGUCCACCAGAUCUACAGCAGAACAGAUCUGUGGAGGGACAGCCCCAAGUGGGCGGAGUCUCCAAGAACCAAGGGGAUGACACUCUGGAGGCCAGUCAAAACCAAACCAGCCCUCAAGUCCAGAACCAUCUUGGCCCUCCUCAGACCCAGGUCCGACACAUCCAGACUCAGCUGAGGGGGCUCACAUUCAGCAGAACUGAGACUGUUUCAGAGGGUCAAAGGUCAAACCCUCAGGGUCAACACGGGGUGGUCACUCUGAGGUUCAACUCCCAUCUGCAGAACCUCGGACCUCAAGGACUUCUGCUUCAGCAAAGAAACCUGUUGAGUCCAGGUGUGAACCAGGACCUGGACUUGAAACCAAGACCCUUUAGUGCCAAUGUCCUCCAUCACUCCACACCACCAGAACAUCAGGCCCAGAAGUUUGUCUUCAACCAGUCCAGAGUCCUGACAAACGAGUUCCAGACUAGACUGACCUGUCUCAGCUCCAGGGGACCAGAUCCAUCACAUAGAGUCCAUCUGUACCCCCGUCAGCCUGAGCCGGGUCCAGGUCCGUCGGGUCCAGGACUGUAUAUACGUCACCGGCAGAACCCCACCCCAAGGCUGAACUGGGUUCCACAGAGUCCCACCCUAAGACCCCGACCCGUGACCCGCCCCAGCUCCUUCGAUCUGGAUAAGAGGAUGAGUGGAUGGUCAGGUUGGAGUCCGUUCAACAGCAGAACUUCAGGAAGGACCAAGAACACGAACGACGAGACUGAACCGGAACACGAAGACCUGAACCAGAACAUGAACACCUGAACCAGAACAUGAAGACCUGAACCAGAUGGGUCCAGUCGGUUCAGACUCCCAUUCAGACCUGGAUUGGUUCGGUUCUGUCAGGUCAGAUGUCCUCUGCAGGUCAGUCCAACUCAUGUUAGUUCAGGUUCCACAUUCAGACCAGUAUGAUCUAAAGUGGGUCAGAACCAGUACAAUAAUAAUAAUAUAAUAAACUACAAAUAAUGACAAAUACAAACUGUUUUAGUGUAAAAAAGAAAAAUGACAUGAAAAUGUUUACAUUUACAAACUAACCUUUAAAACAUGAAUAACACGAUUGACCUGAACUGUAAUUGGACCCAUAUUCAGUGGAUCAUGAUAACGAACAGGACCAGUGGAUCUACAAACGCACAGAUACUGGAUCAGUUCCACGUGUUCAUGAUAACAAACAGAACCAGUGGAUCUACAAAUGCACAGAUACUGGAUCAGUUCCACUUGUUCACAUUCAGACGUUCCAGGUUCAGAUUUGUUCAGAUUGUUCACAUUUAAAGGGUAGUUUGUAAACAUCAAUAUUUUCAUUUAAUUUAACUUUUUUCUUUACAUUUAGAGAAACAUUUGUAUUUGUCAUUAUUUAUAGGUUAUUCUAUUCUUAUUGUACUGGUUCUGAUCCUCUUUAGGUCAUAUUUGUCUGAAUGAACCUGAACUAACGAGUUUAUCUUCAUUUAUUCAUAUCUUAUUCAUCCCAUGAACCUGAUUGGACCCUUUGGUUCUGGCCCACGGGCUGUAUGUUGGACACCCCCAGUUCAUCCAUUUAAGACAGAGGUGACUUGAAACCAAACUCAUGGAUAAAGUUCAGUGUACAGGGUGGGGAAGCAAAAUUUACAAUAUUUUGAGGCAGG